AUGGAUUCGAAUCCCGGUGCGACGGCCGGGCCCAAGAAGGACGGCACAGGGCCCAAGGAGAUGGAUGCACAAGCCAACUCUGCGCCCCCUGUAGUUGCCGCUCAACCUGCCGUAUCGCUAGACGUGAUGGAGGAGGAUUUCCCUGAUCCCGAAGAGGAUGACUUGGACGAUCUGGAUGACAUGCUGGACGACUUCUCCACCACCAAACUAGACGCAUCACACAGCGCCCCGGAGCCGGCGGAGCCAUUAGGACCCGGCGCUCUGGCCCCCAAGGCCAAGACACCGCAGCCUGCCAGCACAGAGACGCAAAAAUAUCCAUACGAUGACAUGGACGGAGAUGAGCUGGCCAAGCAGCUGCAAGCCGGCGUGGAUGGCAUGAUCAACGAGCUGAAGAAAUCCCCGGAGAUGCAAGAGCAGUUUGAGGAAAUGUUCAAGAAAAUGGUGGCAGCCGAUGCAGAUGGGCCGGAACAGCUCGAGAAGGUGUGGAACCAAAUGCUGGAAGAGGAAAAAGAGAUACAGAAGGCGGCAGCCGAUAACGAGAAGCAGAUGCCGGCAGCCCCUAGGGAGUCGGCAGCCCCCAAGCCCGAGAAGACUGCCAAGGCCUCGAGCUCGGCCAACCCGCCCGCGGGCGACGCAGGCGCCGACGCCUCCUUCCAGGACACGAUCCGCCGCACCAUGGAGCGCAUGCAGACAUCGGGCGAGCAGGCGACGGCCGCGGCAGCCUCGGAGGGCGGCGAGGACUUCAUGUCCGAGAUGCUCAAGCAGCUCUCUGAGGGCACCCUAGGCGCCGAGGGCAGCGACGAAGACUUUUCCAAGAUGCUCAUGGGCAUGAUGGAGCAGCUCACCAACAAGGAGAUUUUGUACGAGCCCAUGAAGGAGCUGCACGACAAGUUCCCCGGGUGGUUCGACAAGAACAGGGGCUCGACGGCGGCCGAGGACCUCAGGCGAUACCAGGAGCAGCAGGUGCUCGUCGGGGAAAUUGUGGCCAAGUUUGAGCAGAGCACGUACUCGGACACCAACGCCACGGACCGCGAGUACAUUGUGGAGAGGAUGCAGAAGAUGCAAGCGGCUGGGUCGCCGCCGGCAGACCUGGUGGGAGACAUGUCGUCGGCGCAGGAGGCCUUUAACGCCGCGGAUGAUCAGUGCAAUCCACAGUAG